AUAUUUCAUUACUUCAAUAAAAAAAUAUUAUAAAAACCCGUGUUCGUGUCAAUUUUUCGGUUUCGCGUAAUUGUUUAAUUUCUUUGUUUUUACUAAUAACAUAAUCAGUGUUUAUAUUUUUCAAUGUUCGGUUUGUAGUUAUAUUCGUCUUAUAAUGCAAAUGAUAAAUAAAACAUGUUUAAAGCGGAUAUGAAUUAGACUAUCAAAAUCUUUCAAAUAUACCCAAGAACUUAACUGAUCCAAAACAUUACAUGCAAUACUGAGUAUUAUUGUCACAAAAGGCUAUCCCAAUUAGCUUCUAGUAAUUUGUACUGCUUUGCGGAUUUGGGGUACAAGUGCAAUGUUUACUGAAGUUCUGCAGUAUUCCUGCGAUCUAUAUACUGCAGAAAAGAUUAAAAGAAACCAUGGAACGUCGUGUUAAGCUUAAGACCAUAAAUCCGCACAUAACGUGCAAGAUCUGCGGUGGUUACUUUAUUGAUGCCACAACCGUCACUGAGUGUCUACAUACAUUUUGUAAGAGUUGUUUGGUAAAACAUUUGGAAGAAAAGAAAACCUGUCCCACUUGCGACAUGGUCAUCCAUCAGUCACACCCACUGCAGUACAUCAGCUUUGAUCGAACCAUGCAGGAUAUCGUUUAUAAGUUGGUACCAAAUCUGCAAGAAGAUGAAAUGAGAAGAGAACGAGAUUUUUAUAAAAGUCGAAACAUUCCCUGCCCCAAAGAUAUGCCGCAAAAUCACGAUGACGAUGAGAAAAUGCUCGAAGCACAUGCAGAAUCUGAUUUCCAUCGUCUAGACGAGCAGGUGAACGUAAGCCUCGAAUGUAUGAGCAAUAAUUUUAAAAAUUUGCAACGACGUUUUAUACGCUGCAGCUCACAAGCGACUAUAACGCAUUUAAAAAAAUUGGUUGCCAAGAAAAUUUUAAAUGGCAUUGACAAAUAUCGAGAGAUCGACAUACUGUGCAAUGAAGAAUUGUUGGGCAAAGAUCAUACGCUAAAGUUUGUGUAUGUGACGCGUUGGCGUUUUAGAGAUCCUCCUCUGCGCUUACAGUUUCGACCACGAGUUGAUCUGGUAUGAAGGCUUUUAAAACAAACGUACGAAAACCAAUGUUAAGUGAAAUCAAAAGUGAAUACCAACGCAACAGUUUAAUUUUUUAAUUAACGUUAACAAAGAUAUAUAUAUAUAUAUACAUAUAUAUAACUUAGACAAAAACAGAAGCGCUAGUUUUGUAGAAAAGUUUAAAAUUCGAAGUGAAUUUAAGACGUAAGAUAGAAAAAUCGAAAUAAGUAUUGUAAUAUAUUUACAACCGGGGGUUAGAAGAGUUUCAUGCAUGCAUAUAUAUAUGCAAGUGAAUAAAAUUAUUAAGUGUAAUAGAAAGUGAAAGUAAUGUUAUAGACAUUAUAAGCUUCAAGGUCAGGUUUUAACAAAAAAAAAAUAAUUAGUUAUAUUUAAAACAAAUAGCAAACACUAAUAACGGUGACAAAUCUUCCUUUUAACAUAUGUAUGUUCCGUAUGUGUUUAUACUGUAGUGCACUAAAUUUUUGAACUGGAUCUAAAUGAUAUUAUUUUUGAACGUAUUUUUACAGAUCUUGUGUAUAACUUUGGAAGGAAUAUAUAUCGUUGCAUUGCAAAAUAAAUCGAAACAUUUUGUGACUUCCUACCAUUCAAUUAAUGUUCUCAUUUUAAAUAUUUAAUUUCUUAUAAGAAACUUUGUAGUAAGAUAUAACUCCUCCUGUACUAGUGUAUUUAUUUAAUAUUUUUCAAAUCAAAAUAUCAAAUAUGCUGUUCUCUACAUAUUUUAUUUAUUAUUUUAUUUUAUAUUUGCAUAAUUCUGUAUUUUUCAUCAAAAGAUUGAAAACAAUGUCAAAUAAUAAUAAAUAUAUAUAUUUGUAAAUAAAAGAAAAUCAAAUACAAAA